UCCAGAAGCCGCAGAGCCGGAACCUCGGAGCCGUCACACGGUCAAACCUGCAGCUUCAUAAAACUUGGAGAGCCCGCCCCCUCUGACAGCCAGCGUCUGUUUACGAAAAGUCACGGGAGCAGCGUGAAGCAGAGAAAGGUUCACAGAAAAUGUCACAGCGAGCUGCCAACAGGGGGAAGAGCCGGACUUCAGCACAGCCAGCCCCGCGUUCUUCGGCCGCCUCCGUCACAUGCUUCAUAUCCGCUGUCACUCGCCACUUGUCACGGAUAUUAGCAGCUCUUUACUUCGGCGUGGAGGUGAUUUACAACCAGCGGUGCUAUCAGCCACAAUGGCGAGGCGUAAGAGGCGCAACCCAGUGAAUUGUUGCGCUUAAUACCAAAUCAGUAAAACACCUCCGCCUCACAGACACGGACCUGAGCUCCGGAAACGCAGCGUCAAAAAGAGGAAAAGGGGCAAAAAGAGUCGGAGCGACAUGGAAAGCCCCACCGAGAACCCGAGCAGGGCUGCGGAAUAUUUGAAGGAGCUGAACCGGAUCAUCGAGACCCAGCAGGAGUUGCUGGAGAGGCAGAGGGAGAGGAUCGAGCAGCUGGAACAGCAAGUGUCCGACCUGUGCGCGGAGAACGUGUGUCUGAAGGAUCAGUACCAGCGGCACUUGGCAACCUGCAGGCUGCUGCAGGGCAGCGACAGCCUGCUCUCUCUGGAAGCCAUCAACCAGCACGUCCCACCGGACAAGUCGGAUGGCGACACCUCCAGGCUGCUCAGACACGCCUCCCUGUCUGUCGAGGUCACGGGUGAUUCUGGAAGGUUAGUCUCCGCGGGCUGUGGACGAGACCGUCCCUGUCGCAUGUGGAAAUCAGCGUCCUUCGGCGUGGAGGGGGACGCACGGUCCAAUGACAGCGGCCAUUCCCCGGACGGUGGCGCCGGUUACGGGCAGGGUCCGGUGACUCACGGCUCAGCCAUCAGCCCCGACCGAUUUGACAGUCCCCUCUACAGCCACGGGAUCCAGCCCGGCCCACAGAGGCCCCGACGACCCAAACUCCAGCACUCACAGUCCAUCCUCCGGAAACAGGCGGAGGAGGAGGCCAUCAAGAGGUCGCGCUCGCUCUCUGAGAGCUACGAGCUCUCGGCCGACCUUCAGGACAAACAGGUGGAGAUGCUGGAGCGCAAAUAUGGCGGACGAUUCAUAACCCGGCAUGCAGCCCGCACCAUCCAGACAGCGUUCCGCCAAUAUCAGAUGAACAAGAACUUUGAACGUCUCAGGAGCUCCAUGUCGGAGAACCGUAUGUCCCGGCGAAUCGUUCUGUCCAACAUGAGGAUGCAGCUGUCGUUUGAAGGUCCAGAGAAGGUGCACAGUUCCUACUUCGAAGGGAGGCAGGUGUCCAUGACGGCAGACGGCACCCCGCUGUCCAUGGUGCAGUCUGAAUGUGGAGAUAUAGAGGUGCAGCCUCAGGCCAACAUGGCGUCUCACCCUCCCCCGCAGGGCGACCUGAGCGACACCAUCACGGAGCUGGAGGACGCCUUCUCCAGGCAGGUCAAGUCUCUGGCGGAGUCCAUACGUGCGGAGGCCGUAGACCACGCUCUGAACUGUCGAAGCCUCCAGGGGGACGAAGGCCCCGACCCCGAGGCCAUGGGCUGCUCUGAGGUGGGCAGGGAAAUGCCCUACCAAGUCAAGUCCCACCGCAGGGCAGCGGGACGCAUGCGCGAUGAAACCAUGGCAUCGUACAGUGAUGUCACUCUGUUCAUCGAUGAGGAGGACAUGUCCCCCGCCAUCGCUCUGUCAAGGACGGGAAAUCAGCCGUCCAGUACGGAGUCGGACUUGAGGUUGCGGUCGGUCAACUCCUCCCAGGAUUACUGGCCUAUUGACCCCAAAGACGAGGGUCGUGACACUGACACGAGCUGCCGCAGCACUCCGUCUCUGGAGUGUCAAGAGCAGCGUCUCCGAAUGGACCAUCUCCCCCUGUUGACCAUUGAACCUCCCAGUGACAGCUCCGUGGAGCUGAGCGACCGCUCCGACCGCGGCUCCGUCAAACGGCCGCCUGCGUACGAACCUCCAGGUCACAUCAUCACGUCGUCCCAGGCCAGCCCCAAACACAUCUCCCACGGACCGCCACCGCGGGUGCCGUCGCGUGACGACGAGCCGCCUCUGCGCCACCGACACCGCCAGCUGGAAAGUCACUUGGUCAUCAACGGCUCGGCCAACAGACAGAGUAAAUCGGAGUCGGACUUCUCCGACGGCGACAACGACAGCAUCAACAGCACGUCCAACUCCAACGACACCAUCAACUGCAGCUCCGAGUCCUCGUCCAGGGACAGCCUCCGAGAGCAGACGCUCAGCAAACAGACGUACCACAAGGAGACGCGCAACAGCUGGGACUCGCCCAUCUUCAGCAACGACGUCAUACGGAAGAGACACUACCGCAUCGGUCUGAAUCUGUUCAACAAAAAACCAGAAAAAGGAAUCCAGUACCUGACAGAGAGAGGAUUCAUCCCCGACACACCGGUGGGCGUGGCCCACUUCCUGCUGCAGAGGAAGGGUCUGAGCCGGCAGAUGAUUGGAGAGUUCCUCGGGAACCGACAGAAACAGUUCAACAGAGACGUUCUGGACUGUGUGGUGGAUGAAAUGGACUUCCAGACCAUGGAGCUGGACGAGGCUCUCAGGAAAUUUCAGAACCACAUCCGAGUCCAGGGCGAGGCCCAGAAGGUGGAGCGGCUGAUCGAGGCUUUCAGCCAGCGUUACUGCAUCUGUAACCCCACCGUGGUGCGUCAGUUCAGGAACCCCGACACCAUCUUCAUCCUGGCCUUUGCCAUCAUCCUCCUCAACACUGACAUGUACAGCCCCAACGUGAAGCCCGAGAGGAAGAUGAAGCUGGAGGACUUCAUCAAGAACCUGAGAGGUGUGGACGAUGGCGAGGACAUUCCCCGAGAGACUCUGGUCGGCAUCUACGAGAGGAUCCGUAAGCGUGAGCUGAAGACCAACGAAGACCACGUGUCCCAGGUUCAGAAGGUCGAGAAACUCAUCGUGGGCAAGAAACCGAUCGGAUCCCUCCAUCACGGCCUGGGCUGUGUGUUGUCGCUGCCUCACCGUCGGCUGGUGUGUUACUGUCGUCUCUUUGAAGUACCAGAUCCUAACAAGAUGCAGAAGUUAGGACUCCAUCAGAGGGAGAUCUUCCUGUUCAACGACCUCCUGGUGGUGACUAAGAUCUUCCAGAAGAAGAAGAACUCGGUGACCUACAGCUUCAGACAGUCCUUCUCUCUGUACGGGAUGCAGGUCCUGCUGUUUGAAAAUCAGUAUUAGCCAAAUGGGCUCCGGCUCACGUCGGCCAUCCCAGGUGCAGACAUCAAGGUCCUCAUCAACUUCAACGCCCCCAACCCCCAGGACCGCAAGAAGUUCACAGACGACCUGCGAGAGUCCAUCGCCGAGGUCCAGGAAAUGGAGAAAUACAGAAUAGAAUCUGAGCUGGAGAAGCAGAAGGGAGUGGUGAGGCCCAGCAUGUCCCAGAGCUCCGGUCUGAAGAAGGAAACCGGCAACGGAAGCAUGAACCGGGCCAGUCUGGACGACACCUACGCCAUGGGGGAGGGGCUAAAGAGGAGCGCCCUCAGCAGCUCGCUGCGAGACCUCUCUGAAGCAGGCAAGCGGGGGCGCCGCAGCAGUGCAGGAUCACUAGACAGCAAUAUGGAAGGGUCCAUCAUUAGCAGUCCACACACCCGUCGGAGAGCCACCACGCCACGAGAGGGCGCCCCUCGCAGCCAGCCACCCAUCCCUAACUCGGCAUCGACCUCCAUCCUCGGCUCACUCUUUGGCAGCAAGCGAGGCAAAGCCCCUCCCCAGAGCCACCCCUCCUACCAGCAGGGCGGUCACCCCACCCUAAUUUCCCACAAGCCCCACCCCACCAACCUGCACCACACGGCGCAGGCGGCCCACGCGGUACAGACCCAGCACCAGGGUCCGGUUCAUCAUCCUCAGUACUGCCAGGUUCCCCAGAACCCCCCGCCGUACCACCACCACCACCACCACCACCCGCCCCCCCACACGCAGUACCACCAGCAUCCAGCCUACGCCGCGCACACGCACCAUCCGCCGCCCGGCCACUACAGCCAGCAUUCCCAUCACACCUCGCAUUCCCAGCAUGCCUCUCACCACCACAGUCAGCAGGCGGGUUCGGCGCCUGGAGGACCCAAACCCAAACACAGUGGCAUCAGCACCGUAGUGUGAUGCUGCCCCCUGUGGAGAGAGGGAGUGACUGAAGGAGGGGGGAGUUGCCUACACCAAAGGGACCGACUGACAGCGGAACAUUCCGGGCUGUCCACUGUGUUUUUGGAGCCGAUCUCAUGCAGUCACCGUCUUCACCUCCAGGUUACACUAAUAUGCAGAAAGGAAACCAGACUCAGAUCUUCCACCAGGGGGCCUUUACGCGUUUUCCUGACUGGGUGUGUGUGUGUGUGUGGGGGGGGAUUCUGUGUAGGAAAACGUUUAGUUGUUUCCACCACCAAACCGCCCUGCU